GGGUGGCCUUUGGACAGCAGCACGUAAUGCACCAGGAAGUUUUGCAUUAUUUGGUGGCUCAGCUUUUGUUAAAGAAUAUUUGUUUGGAUUAAAAGAUUAUUCGAAAGCAACAUUUUUUCAAAAUUUCUGUGCAUCAAUUGGUGGUGCUAUUGCUUCUAUCAGUGUGGCUCAACCACUUGAUGUAGUUAAAACUCGUAUCCAAAAUAGACCUUUUGAUUCACCUGAAACUGGGACACAAAUUAUUCGCAAAAUGAUACUCAAAGAAGGAAUAACACCUAAAAUAAUUGUCGUUGGUCCUAAAUUGGUUUUCUCUUUCACAGUUGCACAACAAUUAAUUCCAAUAUUAGACAAUUUCUUUGGAUCUAAAGGAGUAAUCAAACCAAAUCCUCUCUAA